GAGAAUACUUGAUUAGAUCUUUUGAAUUGUCAAGAAGAUAUCUUAUUGAAUGUGUUCUCUUUAAUCUCGAAUAUCAUUGAUUAUCAUUAUCAUUUAUAAAGACAUUACAUAAGAUAUUACAUUGUUAUGUAAUCAAAUAAUAUUUUACAAAUUGAAUCAUUUUGAUUAGAUCUUUUUAUCAAUUGUGAAGAAUGUGUUAGCUUUCAUCUCCAAUCUCAUUCAUAAGAUGUUCAUUAUAUCAAACUAAUGUGGAAUCAUGUAUUAUUCAUUGGAUUAUAUAUAGAUAUUUAUAUCUAUUAAAUUGUUUGAUUAGUCAAUGAUGAAAAAUAAAAAGAACCCGGUAAUCAAAGUACAAAGUUCUGAUUGCAGCAUGGUGACUAUCAAUGUACCUCCUGAAUUAAGGAAAAUUGAACAAAUUUUAUUCGCUUCAGUAAAACAAAAUCGUUUUGAUUUAGUUAGUCGAAUUAUAGACGGUCAUAAAUGUGAUAUUAAUGUAAGAGAUAGUUUUGAUCGAACACCAUUACAUUUGGCUGCAUCAUCAGGCAAUUUACCAAUGGUGAAAUUAUUAAUAGAAGGUAGAGCAUUAAUUGAUCCAGUGGAUAAAUUUGGUAUUACACCAUUAUUUUGGGCUGUUUAUAACAAUUAUAAAAAUGUAGCUCAUUAUUUACUCAAUAUGGGAGCUAAACAUAAUCGAGUUACUAAGCAAGGUUUUACAAUUCUUCAUUUCAUUUCUGAAUCUAAUGCUAUUUCAAUAUUAAAAUAUUUACAUCGUAAAUCACAAACAUUAGAAUAUGAUAUUGCAGAUAAUAAUGGAAUGACUCCAUUUUUAAUAGCUGCUUCCAAAGGAAAUGAAUUAUUAAUGGAGAUUUUGGUUAAACGAAACUGUAAUGUGAAUGCAACAGAUCUGUAUGGUCGAAAUGCAUUACAUUUUGUCUCAAAAAAUGGUCAUAUCGAUGCCCUAUACUACUUAUUGUCGGUGGAACCAAUUAAAACAAAAAUCAAUGAAUUAGAUAAUUCAGGAUGUAGUCCAUUACAUUUGGCCUGUGAAAACAAUCAACAACAUUGUGUUCGACUACUUCUAGAAACUGGUGCAAAUCCAGACAUUGAAACAGAGACUCGUGAUUGUCCUUUGAUCGAAUGUUCUCGGAGAGGAUUUCACAAGUGUAUUGAUUUGCUUAUUGAAAAUAAAGCAAGUCGUGAGAAAACAAGCAAAGUGGGUGAUACAGCUUUACAUGUUGCAGCAUUAUCUAAUCUUUCAGAUACCAUCUAUUUUUUAUUCUCAAGAAAAUUUGAUCUUUGCACUGUCAAAGAGGAUAAACAAACUCCAUUGCAUCUUGCAGUUUCACAAAAUAGACUUGAAGCAGUUGAAGCUUUAUUGUUUUGUGGUGCUCCAUUAGAUCUGAAGGAUAAAGACAAUCAAACUCCUUUGAUGAUUGCUGCCAAAUCAAAUUACACUGCAUUAGUUGAUAUGAUAAUACGUGCUGAUCGAUGGAAUAAAACUUAUCCGGUUAAUGCUCAAAAAUUGAUUGAUGAAAUUUUACAAACACAACAAACGAAAUAUGUAACAACAAGAAUAUUAGACAAAAAACAAAAUAACACACAGGGGACACAAGAAAUAUUAUCGGAUGAUCGAAAACACUUAUUGAAUGAUAAUACUGGUAGCCGUAAUAACAAUAAAAAUAACGAUACUACUGAAGAUUCAGGAAGUAGUCAGACAUAUGUUGGACAACAUCAUGAUUAUCAUCAUCAUCAUCAUCAUCAUCAUCAUCAUCAUCAUCAUCGCAAUACUGAUAAUCAUGAGAAUAAUCAUGAUGAUGAUGAUGAUGAUAAUGAUGAUGACGAAAUCAAAUUGUAUGAUACUUAUCCAAGCAAUCAAUACUCUUAUCCAAUGAUUUCACCAAAUAAUUCAAUCAUUUCAAAUGAUAAUGAUCCUAAUGAUGUGAUGAUGGCAGAAUUUAUUGAUCCAUUUAAACAAUUACAAUUAGAAGAAAAUAAUGAACAAAUAAGUGGAACACAAUUAAUCAUAGAUCAUCGUUCAAGGACUACAGCAAGUUCUGAAUCAGGUAGUGAAUUAUCAUUAGGUUAUGAAGCAAGUCGUGCAUGGAAUAGAUCAGGUCAAAGACAAUAUCAACAUAAUAAUGAUCAAUUGAAUAAUUCAUUGAGUCUAUCACAAAUUAGUUUGGGUCGUGAUUUAUCAGAACCAAAUUUUAAUCAAGAACAUUAUGAUACAAAUAAUGAUGAUGAUGAUGAUAUUGAUGUUGAUAAUUAUCAUCAUCAUCAUCAUCAUCAUCAUCGAAAACAUGGAAGUCUUAAUAAGUUAUCAUGUCAAGUUCAAGGUGAUGAGAUUUAUUUACCAAAUGGUGAAACAAUAUUUCGUAUUACAGAUACAUUAUUAGCACAAUCAAGUAAGAAUAUGCGUUUAUUGAAUGGAUACGGUUUGAAUUUAACACAUCCAUUUACAUUUAGAGCACCAUGUCAAGUGAGUUAUUCUUUCUUUCUUUCUUUCUUUCGUUUGAAUGUUUCAGUUGAAAUAAGUUAGAUUAAUGAGAGUGAUGUUUGAGAUGGUAUAGGUUAACAAGAAUCAAUCAACAUCAAUAUCUACUGGACAAGCUGUGAACUACAUGGGGAGACAUUUCAAGGUUUCUACUGAUGAUAUUGUUCAAAAGAAUGAUGAAUGCUCCAUGACCAAAUCAUCCAGCUUAAAGAACAAAACUCAAUCAAAAAGUGUGAUAUUUGUUUUAAGCAUAGAAAAAUUAAUGGACGAGUUUUAUAUGUUAAGCGAUUAAUUGGAAUUAUGCAUUUACAUUGGAGUUGAAAGUAUUGAUCAUAGAAACACUUCGGGUAAACGUGUAAACGAAGAACAAUCAAGCCGCUAGGAUAAUAAUCAUGGUGUUAAUUGAUUGAUGUUAUUCAAUAAGAAAACCUGUUUAACUUAGGUUACAUGUUAGUUGAUACCUGCCAUCAUGAUGAGACUGAAACAUUCAGGGCUAUAUAAACAUAGUAUUGAUCAGUCGAUGCAAAUAUCUUAGUCUUACAUAGAAGCUGUGAAACAUAGAGUAAAACGAGUUCGAAUCACUCAGGCAGUAUCAACUCUCUACAGACUGUGGACGCAUACCUUACUGAUGAAUAUCAAAUGGCAUGAAACCCAAUUUAAAAGUAUCCUAUCGACUGCCUUCGAUUACCAACUUAUAUCUCAACGUAUUGCACGAGGUGUAGCGUCACUUAGACUAGUGGCGACAUUGAAACUUCAUCAAUAUAUUUCAAUCAGCACCUAGGAAGGCAUUGACAUACAUGACAUGGAUCACCACCCAGUAAUCAAUCAAUUGUAAAUACAUCUUAGUCCUACAGGAAGUCGAUCGCGAUAUGGAUAGCUCAACGGUAAUGUCUCUGACUGUAAACCUGGAUACACCUUGCUGACAAGUGUCAUGUAGCACGAAAUCUAUGUUUAGGGGUUCCUGUUAAAUACCUCCAACCACCAUCUUAUCUCAAUAUACUGCACUCAAUGAUGAGUCACCUAGAUUAAUGUCCACAUUGCAAUUUGGUCAAUAGUAUUUGAUGUGCACUACGAAGGACCUGACAUACAUGACUUUGAUCACCACCCUAUGUUCAACCAAUUGCAAAAGCUUUUAUCUUUCAUUUGGAGUUCAAGCGUAGAGAAGAUCUCUUGUUACGAGGUACUAUGAAGCGAUUAAAGUUAUAAUCUGCUGAAAUAAAUUUUACUUCUAUCAUUAUAUACUACUUAUGUAGAUAUAAGUAGCUUACAUCAUAAUUUUAAAUUUCAUUUUUUAGAAUUAUGCUGAUGAUAUGAAUGUUCUAUUCUAUGAAUAUUCACAUCGAUAUGCAAAAUCAUCAGAUUGGAAAAAUUUAGCAAAAUUUUGGGGAUUCACAUCAGAUGAUAUAACUGCCAUUGAAUAUCAAGAUAUUGGUAAAAAUUCUUAUAAAGAACAUACAUAUCGAUUAUUGAAUAUUUGGUUACAUGGUAUUAGUGAUAAUCAAUCACCAUUGAAUGAAUUAUAUUUAGCAUUAACUACAAUUGGACGUAAACGAAUUGUGGAACAAUUACGUCGACGUAUUAAAACAUUAAAUAAAAUAAAUAAUAGGCAUAAAUGUAAACUUUAUUAAAAAAGAAUAUAUAUAUAUAUUCGUAUACACUAGCACCCACCCAAUCAACCACCCAAUCACCUACCUACCCACCCCCACACAUACCCCCACACCUACAGAGAGAGAUAUACACGUACAUCAUGUGUAAAAUUUCAUUUUAUUGUUUUUAUUAUUUUUUUUAUUAUUACACUUUUCAAUUAUGUUAUUUGUAACCUUCUCUGUAUAUCCUUCUUUAUUGUGUAAUCAGAGUAUCUAAGCCCCCCCCCACACACACACAUACGUACAUAGUGUGAAAUAUUCAUUCAUCUUAAGUAUAAUGUUUCAAUAAAUGCCCCAGGGUAAUCAUCUCCCCAUCCAAUUAUCUAACUCUGUUAUUUAUAAUCAUAUUAGGUGUUCUGUAUUUACAAUGAUUUCAAAAACUGUUGAUUUAUAGUUCUCAUGUGUAUUUUACUCACUUACUUACUUACUUACUUACUUACUUACACCUGUUACCCCUCAUGUAGACUGAACUGGACAGUCCUUUCUAUUCAUCAUUCUGAUGUUUACUUUUAAUUCUCGAAGUAGUAUGUUUUUCAGCUUACCUCUUUUCUGUUUCCUUUCAAGAUUCCAAGUGAGCGUUUGCUUCGUGAUACAGUUUGAUAAAUUUCCACAUUAUAUGUCCUAUACACAUCCAAUAUUUUUCCUUAAUUUCUUUUUUAUCUGGAAGCUGGAUUUUGUUCUCUUUCACAAUAGGCUAUUACUGAUGAUAUUCAGCCAGAAGAUUUGUGGUGUAUCUGAGAGAGAAAAAAAAAGACUUGAAUUAAGGUUUUCGUUUUAUUCUUUUUUUUUCAUGUUACUUUCUAUCAAUCGUAAUUACUCUUUUGUACACCCUUAUACACAUUGUGUUCUGUCAAAAGUGGGAUAGGGGAUCAGGUGGAGUAAUACUCAUAUUAGAAGGAUCAUUAAAAUAUUCAUUAUUAUUAUCAUCAUUAUUACUAGUGAUCCUAUAUAUUACAAACACAUAUUCAGUCAUAGAUACACAGUUAGUUCAGCUUGUGCUUCUCUGUUACACUUUUCGUUGCUAAUUCUUUCUCUCUUGUCGAGCAUUUUCCUUCGUGUUUGAUUUGUGCUUAUCUAUUUUCAAUACCACCCCCACCUUUUGUAUUCCUUUUUCACAUUCCUUCGUUUAUUUUUUGUACAGAAGGGAAAAAAAGGAAGAAUUUUAAAUUGUAAACAAUAAAUUUGAUGAGACAAAAAAACGUGGAG